AUGGCUCAGUAUAGACAAUCUGGAACGGAGAGGUUUGGCGGUCGCGGCGGUUACCAUCCCUUUGUCAACGGCGGAGCCUCGUCGGAUCACGUAGCGAUCGGGAUCCGUAACGGAGGUGGAACGCAGCACGGGAAGGCUGGUGGUCGAUGGCGGCGAUCCGCUCGCCUUGAUAGGACUCGCCGUUUCGCCGUCGGCUCUGUCGUAUUCGUUCUAUGUCUUGUACUCGUUGUCAGUGUCUCUGCGUACUAUUAUAUCUCCGGUUAUACUAAUUUUGGCAAAGUUGAUAAAGGAAGCGAUACCUAUGAUGGUGAUUUUCUUACGAAUGUGUCAAGAACUGACCCCUUGAAAAUACUUAAGUUUGGCCACGGUUCAGUGUUACAUGGACGAGACUCGAGAGAUUGGGAUAAGGAUGAUAGAAGACGGGAUGAAGAUUAUAACGAGGAUGACGUAGAGCUAGUUUCUGAAGAUAAAUCUGUUGCUGAGGAGGAGAGGUCAGUGUCCCAAGUGAAAAAGGAUGCAUUGCUGCGCAAUCCUCUGCACGGUUCAGGUUUGAGGGGUGGUUUUUACAAUGAAGCUGGACGUGAUGAGCUAAAGAAAUAUGAAGUAGAGUAUCAGGCGUCUCUUGAGAAAGGUGGUCAAUCAUCAGAAGAAAAUGGUGGCCAUCAUCAGCCAUUUGAUACAGACCCUAAUGAAGACGAUUCAAUUGAUUCUCAUGAUACUCAAGGGGAUGAAUACGUUGAUAUGGGGCAUGAUGAGGAUGAAAAUGAAGAAUCACACAAAGAUGAUCAUAGGAACAAUGAGGUUGAUGCUGAAGAAUCUCACAAAGAGAAUGCUUCCGUGUUUCUUCAUUCUGUAGCCAAGCGUCAGAAAACUGAAAAGGUUAAUCGAGUUACAUCAAAAAGGUCCCGUGGGAAGUCUUCUUCUCUUGUUGGUAUGGUUGGUAAGCCUGGGAAGACAUCGCAAUCUGAUACAAAAAGAAGAGCUCGAAGUCGCAGAUUUUCAGGUGUAUCUUGUGAGAUGAAACUGUUGAAUUCCAGUCAGCAAAUACUAGAGCCUUUGAACACUCAAAAAUUUGCAAGACCUUCCUUACAAUACAUACAGAUGGAGGAUAAACCCGAUGGAGAAGAACAGUGGGAGCCUAAAUUUGCAGGACACCAGAGUUUAGAGGAACGAGAAGACUCUUUCUUGGUUCAAGACAAGAAAAUCCAUUGUGGCUUUGUCAAGGCACCCCAAGGAUUGCCAAGCACUGGGUUUGACCUGACGGAAGAUGAUGCUAAAUAUAUCAGUAGAUGUCACAUUGCUGUGAUCUCUUGUAUCUUUGGAAAUUCUGACCGCUUGAGACAUCCUGCUAGUAAAAUGGUUAGUAGUUUAUCAAGAAAAGAUGUUUGCUUUGUUGUGUUCGUGGACGAGAUUACCAUGCAAACACUUUCUGCAGAAGGCCAAGCCCCAGACGAAGCUGGAUUCAUUGGUUUGUGGAAGCUGGUCGUCGUGAGGAAUCUUCCUUACCCAGAUAUGCGGAGGGUAGGAAAAAUUCCAAAACUGUUACCACACAGACUUUUCCCGUCUGCAAGGUACUCGAUCUGGUUGGACAGCAAGUUACGUCUCCAGUUGGACCCCUUACUCAUUUUGGAAUACUUCCUCUGGCGUGAAGGGCACGAGUAUGCUAUCUCUAAUCAUUAUGACCGCCAUUGCCUAUGGGAAGAGGUUGCACAAAACAAGAAGCUGAACAAGUACAAUCACACUGUCAUUGAUGAGCAGUUUGAGUUUUACAAGACUGAUGGGCUGACGAGAUUUAAUGCUUCAGAUCCCAACAAGCUUCUUCCCAGCAAUGUUCCAGAAGGGUCUUUUAUAGUACGUGAACAUACUCCCAUGUCGAACCUAUUCUCCUGUCUUUGGUUCAACGAAGUGGAGCGCUUCACUCCUCGAGAUCAGCUGAGCUUUGCAUACACCUACCAGAAAUUAAUAAGGACGAAUCCGGACACUCCUUUUAAUCUUUACAUGUUCAAGAAGUUAGAUAGAGCUCUUCUACCUACGGAUUUGUGGAUCGUGGAGUUGGUAUAG